UCUUAAUACACUUUUGGUCUUUUUUUUUGGUUUCUUGAGAGAAAAAAAAUGGAUUCUUCUUCACCGGAAGUAAAGAUCAUCUCGGAAUGCUUCGUCAAACCCAAAAGCCUCCCUGAAAAAUGGAAAGAGCCAUACCAUUUUGCACCAUUGAAUCAUUUGAUCCUCUCAACCCAUUACAUCCAGAAGGGUCUUCUCUUUCUCAAACCAUCGUUUUCUGAAUCUGACGAUGCAAAGGACUUCAUGGAGACUUUGCUGCAGAAGCUCAAAGACUCGCUUGCCACAACACUUGUCCAUUUCUAUCUUCUCGCAGGUCGCCUCUCAACUUUGGAAACCGACGAUCAAAGUCAACGAUCUCACUCUGUGUUUGUCGACUGUACUAACAGUCCUGGUGCUGGAUUCAUCCAUGCCGAAUCAGAUCUAAGUGUAUCAGACAUUGUUGGAUCCAAGUAUGUUCCUUUGGCUGUUCAUUCUUUCUUUGAUCAUCACCAAGCAGUCAACCGCGAUGGUUACACCAUGAGUCUCUUAUCAGUCAAGGUAACAGAGUUGGUAGAUGGAGUAUUUAUAGGAUUAUCAAUGAAUCAUUCGAUUGGAGAUGGAAGUUCCUUCUGGCAGUUCUUCAACUCUUUUUCUGAUAUCUUCAAUUCACAAGAAGACAUCAUUGAUAGUAACAACAACAAUUUGCUCUGUCUCAAGAAUCCUCCAAUCUUUCGUGAAAUGUCCGGUCCAACUUACAGCCUUCCCUUUAGUGAAACUGAUGAGUCCAUUAGUCUAUACGAAACUCCGGUUUUGAAGGAGAGAAUGCUCCAUUUCUCAUCAGAAACAGUGAGGUUGCUGAAAUCAAAGGCGAAUCAAGAAUGCGGAACGACAAACAUCUCUUCUUUUCAGUCGCUAACCGCAUUCAUAUGGAGAAGCAUUACAAGAGCAAGAAAACUAGCAAAUGAUCAAGAAACUACUUGCAGGCUUGCUGCUGGCAAUAGAUCAAGAAUGAAUCCACCAUUGCCAGUGGAUCACUUUGGGGUGUACGUCUCUCUUGUGAAAACGAGUACCACAGUUGGUGAUUUAUUGGGGAAUGACUUUGGAAGGGCUGCUUUGAAGCUUCAUCAAGCUGUAUCCGAACACACUAUCGAAAAUUUCUCUGCCGAAAUAGAUAGAUGGUUGAAGUCUCCUAUGAAAUUAGAUAGAUUUUUCAGCCCGAAUGUUGUUCACAUGGGAAGCUCUCCAAGGUUUAACAAGUACGGAUGCGAGUUUGGGAUGGGGAAAGCUGUUGCGGCUAGAAGCGGUUAUGGCGGUAAGUAUGAUGGGAAGGUAUCAGCUUAUCCGGGAAGGGAAGGAGGAGGAAGCAUAGAUUUGGAAGUAUGUCUUGUUCCGGAAUUUAUGGAAGCUUUAGAAUCAGAUCAAGAGUUCAUGUCUAUUGUCUCUUCUUCUUCCUGAUCCUAAUCAUAUUUUCCACACACAAAACUCAAGUUGCUCCCUAAUUUAAAUUGAAGCUUUGAAAUCAAAUGUUUCAACUACUGUCUUUGCUUGUUACUUUAUUCUGCAGAACUGUUAAAUGUUUCAACCUCAUUAAGAUGAGAAGUAAAAUAUUGAAAUCUAUGUUAGAAGAAUGGAGGA